AUGAAUAUCUCUUUCUCACUUUUCACAAAAGAAACUGGAAAUCUCUCACAAAAAAUAUUGUACAAUGAAAUAUCAAGUCUCCAAAAUUAUAGCUUCUCCCCAUUGAGGAAAACCCGCUUUGUUAUCCAUGGAUAUACAAGCACUGGAAAAUAUGGCUGGGUUGUGGAGCUGUGUUUGCUUCUGGUGGAUGUGGAAGACAUUAACUGUUUUGUUGUUGACUGGGAAGAUGGAGCUAAAUGCACCUAUUUCAUUGCUGGCAGCAAUAUCCGUGUUCUUGGAGCAGUGAUAGCUAAAUUUAUCAUUACUAUGAUGAAAAUCUAUCGGUAUCGUCCUUCCAACGUCCACCUCAUUGGCCAUAGUCUUGGUGCUCAUACUGCUGGAGAGGCAGGAAGACGACUUCAAUAUGUUCGCAAAAAAUCUCCUGCCAUUGGAAGAAUAAGUGGUUUAGACCCAGCAGCAAUUGGUUUUGAAGGAUUCUCUAAGAUGGUCCGGCUUGAUCCUUCUGAUGCUGGAUUUGUGGAUGUCAUACACAGCAACGGUGCCCGAUUUCCUUUAGGACUUGGGAUGUUUAAUGCCACUGGUGAUAUGGACUUUUAUCCCAAUGGUGGAAAGUUUAUGGUUGGAUGCAAUGAUGCAAAACAGGAACAGGAACAGGAACAGGGAGAGAUUGCUUCGGUUGGAAAUUGCCAUCACUCACGAAGCUACGAGUACUACAAAUACAGCAUUCUCUACCCUAGUGGGUUCCUGGCCUAUCCCUGCAAAUCAUAUAAAUCUUUUCAAGCGGGAAAUUGCUUUCCAUGUCCCACAAAAGGCUGCCCAGUAAUGGGUCACUAUGCUGAUCAAUCCCAUGAUAAACUGAAGAAAAGCAAUCAAAACUACUAUCUAAACACAGGGUUUAAGGAGCCCUUCACCAGUUGGCGAUAUAAUAUAUCUGUCAAACUAAAUGGAAUGAAAAAUGUGAAAGGAGAAAUAUAUAUAGUUUUUCACAAUAAAAAUGGAGAUAUGAAAGAAUAUCCGAUUAUGAGGGGCAGCCUUAAGCAAGAACAAAUCUAUUCAAAGCUCACAGAUGUAGAAAUUAAUCCAGAAAAUGCGUCAAGAAUUGAGUUUGUUUGGCACAAGCAAUUAUUUACUUUCUUUUGGGCUCAACUAGGAGCAGAAAAAGUAAAUCUUACCCGUGGGCAAGAUGGGCGUAAGACUUCCUUUUGUGGCCAUGGAACAGUAAAAUAUGAAGUUCCUCAAAUGCUUACAUCUUGUUGA